UAUUUUUCAUUCUCUUCCAUUCUGUUCUACGUACGUUAAUCUUCAAGUCUUACCUUUGGUUGUUUAAAUAUAUGUCAAAGUGAAGGAGCAGAUCAUCAUCGCAUUCGCAAACCCGCAACUAGAAACGUUUCAUAUGAAAUUGAAAUCUAUAUGUCAUCGGUAUCUGCCUAGGCUUUCCCCAAUCAAGUUCAACUUAUUUGUUCUUUUCUGUUUCAUUUGUUGGGCAUUAAUCUUCCACUCUUUUCUACCCAAGAUCAAUAGUAACAUGUCUUCAAGUAGUGAUCAAUCCUCUGUUCUUAGCAAACCCAGAUCGGUUGUGAAAAGGGUCAUUCCCAAUGCUCAAAGUGAAGGAGAUGGAGCUGUUGUUAGAAGAAGCAUUGGAAGUAUGCAAUUGAAUCGUUUGGAUCCAUUCCUCUUGUUAGAUGAGUUCACUGUUUCCCAUCCUGCUGGAUUCCCUGAUCAUCCUCAUAGAGGUUUUGAGACUAUCACUUACAUGUUCGAGGGAGCUUUCACUCAUCAAGAUUUUGCUGGAAACAAGGGCACAAUCAGACCUGGUGACGUACAGUGGAUGACUGCUGGUCGGGGUAUAGUUCACUCAGAAAUGCCUGCAGGGGAUGGGGUCAGCAAAGGAUUGCAGCUUUGGAUCAAUUUGUCAUCUGAAGACAAAAUGAUUGAGCCCAGAUACCAAGACUUGCUCAAGGAAGAUAUCAAGAGAGCAGAGACAGAUGGGGUUGAGGUCAGAAUCAUAGCAGGAGAAAGCAUGGGCGUCAAGUCUCCAGUAUUCACAAGGACACCAGCAAUGUACCUUGAUUUCACCCUGAAACCUGGAUCCGAAUGGCAUCAAAGCAUCCCCGAGUCAUGGAAUGCCUUUGUGUAUAUGAUUGAAGGAGAGGGUGUGUUUGGAUCCUCAGAUGCAUCACCAGCAGAGGCUCAUAACCUCUUGGUCUUGGGUUCAGGGGAUGGGCUUAAAGUGUGGAACAAGUCAAGCCAGCCACUCAGAUUUGCUUUGAUUGGAGGGCAGCCUCUGAAUGAACCCAUUGCUCAAUAUGGACCCUUUGUGAUGAACACUAAAGCUGAGAUCCAGAAGACCUUUGAGGACUAUCACUUCCAUAAGAAUGGCUUUGAAAAGGCUAGGCAGUGGAGAUCUGAACGAGUCUCAAGAUGAAUUUGAGCUUGUGCAUAUAUAAUUCAAAAGCAGGAAAAUGUACUCAUUAAAUUCUAUAUUUAAAUUUUAGUAUUUUGGUUUCAAUUGAGGUUGAUAACAAGUAGAUUCCUUAAAUGUAUUCUCACUUUUCUCUCUUAUUACACUAAGAAUAGGGCCUAUGCA